AUGGACUUCUUUCACAAGAUGACGCUGGGCCUCCUCGCCCGCCGACCCAGCAUCGACAGCCAUCAGACAUCCACCGGCCUCACCCCCAGCUCCUCGCAUGCCACCCUCUCUCAAAUCGGCUCCCCAGCUCCUCUCCGCCCUGCAAGCUCCGUCAACACCAGGCGCGCACCGACCACCACUUCCAUGAUCGCCUCUGCAAGCGCACCUGGCCUGCUACCAAACAAUGGCUCGACCACUACUCUCCCCCAAGCCGCCGGACCCACCGCGGCCCAGCUUGAAGCCUUGCACUACCGCACGUCUCAGACUCCUCUUAGGAUGAGUAUGGAGGGCAACUGGGCCACUCUCCCGCCUACGCUGCCAGCCACGCCAUUGCCACCUACCACUCCGUCUGGACGUGACACAUCUCGCACGCCCACGCUCAAGCGCAGUAACAGCCUGAUCGGCAAGUUCUCCAUCGGAAAGCUGGCACGUCGGAACAAGGCCAAAUCCACCUCUGGUGCAAGUGGUGCCACCCCCAACAGGCCUCGUAGCCCAUACUCGAGCUCCCACCACCGCCACAGUCUGCUUCCAAGCACCCCGCGUACACUGGGUUCGUUCACUCCUCGGUUGCGCCUCAAGACGGUCAAGCGUGCGCGCUCCAACCCCUCCAUGGCCAAGGCUCUGCAGGCACAGUCCCAGCGCGAGUCGGUGCCUCCACUUCCAUCAGCUGCCACCAAGCUGGCCGCUCAGAUGGCCCAACCCCCAACCACCUCCGACGAACCCAGCAAUUCUCCGGACCACACCCCGCUCGACGUCUCGUUCGGUCCGUCGUUCGGCCCCCUCCUUGUGGCAGCCUCGUUCAGCAGGAGCCCGCGUACGACCAUUCAUGAUGCAUCGGCCUUGGGGGCUUCGACCACCUCGACGCCACCAAAGCCCAAGGCCAACACCAAGUCGUUACCGCCUCCGCGCACCAUGACAAACGCCACGGACAGCACCACUUCCGUGUUAGGAACCCACAAGAACAAGGUCCCAACGGAAGUAUGCUUAGACCUGGGAUACACACCGAGUCCCCAGUCUGACCGUGUCAAGUCUCGUGCUCAGACACCGUCUCUCCACCACCGCCGUCACAAGAGCGCCGACAUGGCCUCGAGCACACCAGGGUCACGGCACUUUGCUUGGGAUUUCGAAGGGUCCACCUCUGAGGCCGACACCCAGGACAUCCCACCCGUCCCUCGUGUCCCUCGUAGCCACCCCUUCAACAUCAACAAGCUCAGCGAUGACCCCCGGACCGCAUCGUCCACGUCCAACUACAACAUCGACUACCUCGACGAGCUGUUGGCUCACGAGAAUGCCGGGCUUCAGGGCAUGGACCGCGAUGACUGUCUUUCCAUCGGCAACUCUAUCGAAGAGCUGGAAGAUGCCGACGCCAGUAGUCUGGCCCUGGACCCCGCCAGCCCCAAGAAGCUCUCCGUCGAGUACGACACCGACAUGUCCCCCGGCGGACACAUGUCUGUUGACGCACUCGUCUCCCCGGAGGACGCUCUGGACGAUGUCGAAUCGGAAUUCGAGCCUUUGCUCUAUGAUGGCCUUCCCAGUCCUACACGCAAUGCGUGGGCGGCCUUUGACGUGAACGUCGAGAUCAACCCCCCGCGCCUUAGUGGUAUCCGCCACGCCGACUCGACCGACACGCUGGACGACAACGAGUCAGCCGAGGCCUCGGACCACUCGCAAGAAGACUCGGACCACGAGGCAGACGAGGCCAAGGAGACAGAGCGCAGCCGCGACCGCGACUCGGACGUGAGCGGAUACUACCAGAACAUUGUGUUUGCGGACGACUACGAGAAGGACAACGUCGUCUAUGGGGUCCCUCAAGCCAUUGACGGUUCGAGCCGUGCUCGUUCUCCCGACCUGCCCAGCCUCGAGAUGGGCAUCCCGUUCGACUCGGUCCUCGACUCGUCGACCCCCGAGUCGCCAGUCAACCCUCUGACCCCCACCAUUGUGGACGAGGACCACCAGGCCCGCUGGCAGGCAUUUGGUCGUAUGGACCUUGACGAUUUCGAGGACGACGACUUCAUCCCCGUCGACGAGCCCAUGGGCAUGGAGGAGCUGUUCACGGAAUCCUUCUCCACCUUGGGAUCCAACCAGUCAAUGGCUUCCAUUACAUCGGAGGAGUCGUUUGGCUGCCCAUACCCCAUCUCUCCUGGUGGUGGCCAUAUCCUUCCAACCAUCAAGGAAGCGUCGAGGGAGUCGAGUACCUGCCACGGCGUCACUGGGUCAGCCAGCAACAGCCUUGCCCCCUCCACGCCGCAGCGUACUGGAUCCAUUAACCACUCGCAUCGGUCCACCACUACUCCACAGCACACGCCUGAUAUGCCCGUCAGCCAGGUCUGGGCCUCACACAGUACACCGGCCACCCACCAGAUUGCGGCCACCUCGUCUUCCGAGACCCCAUCAAUCAUGGUCUCACCUCCUCCCUUUGCCUCGCCUGCCCUCGUCACCGAGUCCAUCAGUAACUCUCCGACCACGACGUCAACCAAGCACCGUGUCACGCAGUCUCUCGACGCCCCGAACACGACCCAGGGGUGCAGCUCCGGCCACCUACGCACGCAUUCUGCCCCUGCCGACGGUUCGCCCGGCAAGCGUCUCGAUGAGCGUAGCCAGUCGCCUUUACUCACUGCCGAGCUUUCCGCUGCGUAUGCCAAGAUUGACAACUUGGUCGUCGCCAAGCGCGAUGCCGAUCACAGCGCCCGCGUCAGACAGUACGAGCUUGACGACCUCAUGCUCCUCCUCAAGGACCGGGACAGUCGCGUGCAUUACUUGAACGACAAGGUCAUCCAGCUUCAGGAUGCUCUCCACCAUGGCGAGCUGCCGGAGCAGGUUCGCCUCUCGAUUGAGGCUGAGUACAAGGAGCGCCUUAACGAGCUGGAGAUGGCGGCUGGUCACAUGGUCAUGACUGCGCAAACCAAGGCCGCCGAUGCCACCGAGGCUGUCAAGCAGAUGAACGGCACCCUCAUGGAGAAGGACGUCGGCCUCCAGGAGCGCGACGACGAGAUUUUGCGUUUACGCCGCGAGGUUAACAAGGGCGACAAGACCAUCUCGUUGCUGCGCGACAAGGUCAGCAAGGCCACGUUUGAGUUGGACGAGCUGCGGUGCAAGGUCCAGACCGAGGCUGCGCCCGCCCAAGUGGUCAUUGACCUCCAGAGCGAGCUUGGAGUCCAGAAGCGCAAGACCGCCGAACUCGAAGCCAAGCUCCGCGAGGCCAGCAAGACAAAGGAUGACAUGUUCACCCUGGCCGACAAGUAUAAGCAGCUCUUGAACUCUGAGCGCGAGAACAACGCCGAGAACAAGGAGAGGUGGGCCAACUGGGGCCGUGAUCGUGUCAAGCUCGAUGAGGAGGUGGCCCGCCUCACGGCCCAAGUCUGGUCUGCCAGUGGCAACCAAUCCAAGCUUGAAACUGCUCUUUACCGUUGCCAGCAGGUCGAGAUUCCUCGCCUCAAGGAGGACCUCGAGACUUUCAAGAACCUGCUUCAGGCCGCGACCAAGGAAGAUGAGGCCGACCUCAGCAUUCAGUCUAUCGAGUCUACGCACACCCUCAUCAGCCAGCAGGAGCAGAUCAACCACCUCGGCCGCGCGUUGGAUGACAAGACCGAGGAGGUCCGCGACGUCGAGAAGCAGUUUGAGCGCCACACUCGUGACUGCACAGCUGAACUCUGCCGCCUGCGCGAGGACCUCAAGACGCUCACGGCGACCAACAACGAGAUCAAGGUGGACCACAGGCAGGCCGUUGUGGAGCAGGAACGUCACCGCGAGCGUGCUGCGGACAACUACUCGCGCUGCCAGACAUACCUGGCCGAGAUUGACAGCCUCAACAUCACCCGCGCCAAGCUCAGUGCUGAGAAUGACGACCUCCGUCGUGCCGUUGCCAGUAACCACCUCGAGCUGCAGAAGCUCAAUACCAAGGUCACCAACAUGUCUAGCGACCGGGAUCUCCUCAACUCGGCACUUGAGAGCAAGCAGCUUGAGCUGGAGCUCAUUCGUCGUGGACCAGCAACCCCGCGUCGUCCCCCGACUCCGGGUAAACGCCAGACGCCAGGCCAUGCGCGCUCGCCCUCUGAACCUACCAACCUCCCGUCGCGCCUGUCGCCCAUGCUCGUGAACAAGCGUGUGCGACCCAAGAGGAUGACUCCCCCUCCUCUCACCAGGAGUCAGGCCAUGGAAUCGCCUACGCCGUUAAAGGCCAAGUCUCCCCUUUCGCCCACCGCUGCGACAUCGUCCAAGUGGCCCGCCACACCAUCGGCCAAAGUGUCCUCGGCACGUAUCCCGCGCCCCACGCCUCACAAGGCAAAGUCCAAGCCGACACUGCCAAAGGUGGUCAUCGAGACUCCUGCCCUCCCCCAUUCUGCCCCCGUGGGCGGCAGUAAGGCGCUCACCCCGUCGUCCAAGCACAACGAGGACAGCUGGGGCUCAGCGUCAGCGACCGCAGUCUCGUCGCGAUCGCGCAGCAACAGCAACACCAAGCUGUCGCCUGCACCUUCCCGCAACUCGUCGUUCAUGAACGUCCCCUCGGCCGCAUACUCACCCAGGUCGCCAACGACCACCUUGGGUUCCAGUGCCGGCUCGAAUGCGAGCGCGAGCUCCAAGUCGCACAUCCCCGUUCGUAAGAGCGGUGGUCCCGGUGCGCGCACGCCCAAGUCCCAGUCUCGCAACGGUGGCGGUGGUGGUAGUACCGCCACCAGCGCUCCGGCGAGUGUGCGCGGUGUCCCCAUCGGAAGCGAGGUCGAGGCUGGCGCUGGCGCUGUCGUCGAGACGGUGACCAUGCCUGUGCUGCCUCAGCGUGACACAUUCCCCUAA